UCCGCGCCAGAAGGAACCAGCGCCUCACUAUGGGGGCUGCCAUCUUGGAGCAUACCAAGAGGAAGAACGUCCGGGGAUUGCGGGCAGAGGAAGGGGUGGGGUCACAGGCCGACGCUCCGCCCCCCUCCCCAGCUCGCGUAGUUGGUGUGGCCCCGGACAGCAUGGCUGCCACAUUUCGGCUACCGAAGCCCGACCUGCUGCAGGCGUUGCGGAGUUCGGUGUAUCCCGGGGUGGGAGGCUCAGGCUUCACGUGCUGCCGCUGCCCUCUCGGAGCUAAAAGAUACCUACUUACAGAUAAUAUUGUGAAAUUAAAAGAAUUUCAGCAUAAGAAGGUGGCUGUUGCGUAUCAUCUUCCUGGUUCCAAAGCAACCUAUCUGAGAAAAAUGGAAGAGAAAUUGACUCAGAACAAACUCAUCUUCAAGGAGGAGUUGAAAACCUUGCUUCAUUUAUGUGACUCCCGGGAUGAUAUGGAACUGGUUAAAAAUGUCAUUUACAGGUACCAUGCAGAGAACAGAAAUGUGACUUUCAGAGAGUAUAACUUUGGACCACUUUUCAUGAGGUUGUGCUAUGAGUUGGAUCUUGAGGAAUCUGCAGUGGAACUCAUCAAAGACCAGCAUUUACGAGGUUUCUUCUCAGACUCCACAUCAUUCAAUAUUUUGAUGGAUAUGUUAUUUAUCAAAGGCAAAUAUUCAAGUGCUUUGGAAGUACUGAUAGAGAUGAAAAACCAAGAUGUAAAGUUCAGCAAAGAUACCUAUGCCCUUGCUUUUGCGAUUUGCUACAGACUGAAUAGCCCUGAAUCUUUGAAAAUCUGUACUACAUUAAGAGAAGAAGCCCUGAUCAAAGGAGAAGUCCUCUCCAGGAGAGCAUCCUGUUUUGCUGUGGCUUUAGCUCUGAAUCAGAACCAGGUGGCGAAAGCUAUAUCCUUUUUUUCCCAAAUCAUGAAGCAAGAAAAUGUACUCUGUGCCAAUUUAAAUAUUUUGAUUCAUAUCCAAGCAAAUAUGUUGAAAACCCUGAUAGAGAUACUAAAGGAUGCUGCAGAGGGAAAUUUAUCAAAAUUUGUGAGAAGACAGGAGUUCUCAGAAGAAGUGCUGGCCAAAGCAAGGGAAAAAGUGAAGGAUAUGCCUGCCCUUCUAGCCAGAUUUGAUGAGAUCUAUAGGAAACUGCACAUAAAUGGCCAAGUCACCACUUACACGUUGGAUACUCUGCUCUGCCACACCCCUGGGGACAGGAAAUCCCACAUGAUGCUAUUAAACAAGAGGACAGUCAGCCAUCGGACCUUCCAGCCACUCAACCAGUCCCUGUGGGCUGAGUAACCCUAGGUUCAAACCCCCCAUGGGUCUGAGCCGGAAGGGUCCUGUUUCUAGUGAGUUAAUGGCUUCCUAAGAAAUCAGGCAUUGUACUCCAGUGGAUGGUAUACUAACAAACACUUGGUCUCCUUAAAUUUCUGAGUUCAUUGAGAACUGGCAUGCUCACUGGAGUAGUUAAUGUUGUGCUGCUGUGAAGAUCUACAUACAAUCAAGCAGAAGGCUCUGCUCCUUCAGGAAGGACGCUUCUCCUGUGUAAACUUCUGAGGAUCCGUGAAGGAACAUGGCUGUGGUCUCCAGUACAGCUCCUGGUACCAGAGUAGAACCCAGUAAGCACCAGUGGGAAGCAGUUCACCUAAGUGGUCAACUCCAGUGAAUUUUCAGGGGAGUAGUUACUCGUAGAUUAUACCCUUGCUGAAUUCAGGAGGUCUGAAGCCUAUCAUGCCACGCUGGACAGUAGCCCAGGAUUUUCUCACUGCUUCUGUCAUCAUUUAUCUGUGACCCUAAAUAAGAUACUUGUGAACCUGCAUAUGGACUUGAAAUUUUCAUUUAAGGUUCAGUAGUGUCAAAUUUUCUCAAAAAUGAGAGAAAUAAAAGGUUCCUAAGAAACCA